UCGCUGAGCUCUGCCCCCUACCAGCCCAGCUAGCUGUUCCAAUUUGAUGGUUUCUCUGGUAGGCUGGGGAAAUAUUUCUGUGGCCGCUUGCUCACUCUCCAAUCAUGUGAUUAGAACAGUUAUUUAAAGAGGCAGAAUGUGCCUAGAUUAGAGAGCAGUCUCUUCUCCUCUCCUCAGUGCCAAACGGCAGCUUGCACGGUCACAGGGCUCAGCAUGGCUGAAGCUUUCGCAGGCACCUGGAAGCUGGUGGACAGCAAUAAUUUUGAUGACUACAUGAAAGCGAUUGGCUCCUAUGCUAUGCGCUUUGAUCUCUCUCUCCCCCUGCAGUCUCUGGUGACGCUGGAUGGAGGAAAACUCAUCCAUGUGCAGAAAUGGGAUGGAAAGGAGACGACGUUAGUCCGAGAACUGGAGGAUGGGAAGUUAAUUCUGACUCUCACCAUGGGCACUGUUAUCUGCACUCGCACGUAUGAAAAGGCAACAUAGACACCAGCUCUCUGAUGAUCAGCCGGUGCUGAACUCACUGAAUUGUCUAUUUCUCCCCCCCAAACAUUUUGUAUUCAAUUUAAUACGUGAGCAUUGAGCCAGUGCAGGCGAGCCCUCCCCUUCUGCCCGUGAGUCUGCUUUCUGUGGUACUGUGUUUUUUGUUUUUUUUAAUCUUGUAAGGCAUCAUGUGGAAAAUAAUAAACCAAAGUUGUUACAGA